CUUUGGCCUAUGGGGGAGUUGCCGGUGGCAAAUGUCGCUGGUCCUCUCUUCAAUCAACUAGCCCUGCCCAUCUCUAUCAUUGCAAAUCCCAACUCAAAACAGACCUUGGAAAACGUAUUUGCUCCCACUUCCACAUACAUGGUCCCUGUUCAAAAUGCAGGACAGCAAUUAUACCUGAAUCCUUCUACCCAACAUAGCCCGGGGGGUAAUAUCAUCCAACUCCCCAGUAUGGUUCCCGCUGGAUACAGUCCUGGUCACGCCGUCAGCGCCCUUCCUCCACAAUAUGUCGUCGCUCAACACACAGGAGGUCAGCCCAUGGGCUACUUCCCGAAUACCCCCAUUGUGCCCGUGCAGGCGCUGCCUCAGGUUCAAUAUGUUCAAGCUCAAACACAGCCCCAAGUCCAUUAUGCUCUCGCUCCGAGUAAUAGCCCUUUGACUGUCUGGGAUGUUGAGCUGCCUCCCACCACAGUGCGAGCUGCCAACCCCACUUAUCCCAUCUUGCCCCAUCUUUCAGCCGUCUUAUUCUCGAUCUCCUGCUCUCUAGCCAACGGCCAUAGUACGCCGUUA